AUGCAGGAUUUGUUUAUAAUUUGCAGGCGUUCAGGUGAGCCACCAUUGGAAAAUGGGUUACUCCCAUAUCUGGGUUGUGCCUUGCAGUUUGGUGCAAAUCCUCUUGAAUUUCUCAGAGCAAGACAAAAGAGAUAUGGCUGUGUCUUCACAUGCAAAGUAGCUGGAAAGUAUAUUCACUUUCUCACGGACCCCUUUUCAUACCAUUCACUUAUACGCCAUGGAAAGCAUCUGGACUGGAAAAAGUUCCAUUUUGCUGCUUCUGCCAAGGCUUUUGGACAUGGAAGUAUUGACCCAAAUGACGGAAAGACCAGUGAAGAUUUUCAUCACACUUUUAUUAAAACUCUGCAAGGUAAUGCCUUGAAUCCUCUUAUUGAAACCAUGAUGGAAAACCUACAGUAUGUCAUGCUACAGUCAAGCACAUCUAAACUCCAUCCCAACAACUGGAUAACAGACAAACUUCAUGCAUUCUGCAGCCGGGUGAUCUUUGAAGCUGGCUUUUUAACAUUCUUUGGUACAGAGUUCAAUUCAAAUCAUGACAAAAAUCUGUCUAAGCAGGAAAUGGAGAGAGCACGUAUUCUAAAGGCUCUUGAAAACUUUAAGGAAUUUGACAAAAUCUUUCCAGCCCUUGUAGCAGGCCUACCUAUCCAUAUGUUCAAGAACGCCCACAGUGCACGAGCAAAGCUGGAACAGGAACUACUCCAUGAAAAACUCUAUAAAAGGGACAACAUCUCAGAGCUUGUCACUCUCCGCAUGUUCUUGAAUGAUACUCUGUCCACUUUUGAUGAUAAGGAAAAAGCCAAAACCCAUGUGGUUAUACUGUGGGCUUCACAGUCUAAUACAAUACCUGCUACUUUUUGGAGCUUAUUCCAUAUUAUUAGGAACCCAGAAGCAAUGAAAGCUGCUACUGAAGAAGUAAAAAACAUGUUAGAAGAUGCUGGUGAAAAGAUUAGCUUAGAUGGCAAAUAUAUUUCCUUGAAUCGAAAACAGCUUGAUAACAUGCCAGUUCUAGAUAGUAUUAUCAAAGAAGCAAUACGAUUGUCCAGUGCAUCCAUGACUGUCAGAGUUGCUAAAGAGGAUUUUACUUUGUGUUUAGAAAAUGACUCCUAUAACAUUCGCAAAAAUGACAUUGUAGCUCUCUAUCCUCAGCUGAUGCACUUUGAUCCAGAAAUCUAUGCAGAUCCUUUGAUAUUCAAGUAUGAUCGUUUUCUCAAUGAGAAUGGAGAAGAGAAGACUGCCUUCUAUCACAGUGGGCGCAAAUUAAGACAUUAUUACAUGCCAUUCGGAGCAGGAAUAGCAAAGUGUCCUGGCAGAUUAUUUGCUGUUCAUGAAAUCAAACAAUUUUUGACUUUGGUACUUUCAUACUUUGAAAUGGAAUUUGUUGACAAUGAUGUGGCAUGCCCUUCUUUAGAUCAGUCCCGAGCAGGACUUGGUAUUUUACCACCAGGCAAUGACAUUGAUUUCAGGUAUAGAUUAAAAUGUCUGUGAAUAUGUAAAAAGUUAUCCACAGGGAGAAAUCACUGUAAAGAUGAACAUGUAUUUGUCUAAAUGGACAGAACAGGACUAGAUUAUUUUGCUAAUGCAAUCCAAUCUGCAUAAUGUACAAAGCUGAUAGGUUUCCUUUUGCAACUGCAAUUUGAGAUUUUUGCAUCUGUAACUCCAGGGUACACUUUGCCUUUCUGCUAGCAAACACAGCCUGCCUCCAUGCAUUCAGUAGGCAUUUUACUGUUCAGAUCAAAUGAUUUUCCAAAAUUUGCUUGGGGAUAAAUUUUUGCCAUUUUCCCAAAUGCAGCCUCUCAUUUCCAUCAUUAUAACAUUUUCUCUUGUAAAAUGUCAGAAUUUCUGCUGUUGUGUUUUGCCCAGAAAAAAAUGCUUUGUUUUCAUGGAAAACUAACAAAAUAUUUCACGUUUUAGUGAAACUGCACAAACGUGGUUUCUAAGAGCUUACACUGUAUGUCUUUUCACAAAGCUCUAACCACAUGAGCACAAAUGAUACUAAAUAAUGAAGAAACAUCUCUCAAUUGUCAUGUUUCAACAUUUUUCAACAGUCCAGUGUCUCAUGGUGUAUUUCACUGCAGUUCAUAGAUGCAGCUAGAUCUAUGCAUAUGUCAUGUAGCCAUAUCUAUCUUUAAAUUAGCUAACUCAAGUACCAAAGGGCACCUAUACAUGU